CUUUUAAAAUUUAUCAAAUCUGAUCCAGUUAUGGAAUACAAGCGCUCAUUAAAACAACAUCAUGUUUUUCCUACAAAAAGGUUGCUUAGCACAAUUGUUAUUAAAGAAGAUUGGGCAGAUACAAAAACUGUUGUGCCAUCUCAUUGGGUUGAACAAUCUAAAAGUUGCAUAUUUUCUUUUAUUGGAAGAAAAGGAAAUAGAAAUUUUACAAGCGCUGUUCUUUAUAAAUGCAUAAAAGAAUCCAUUGUUGUUGACAAAAUUCCCAAAUAUAGAAAUGUUUUUAUUGAUAACAAGCUAUCAACUCCGAGAUUAACUAAAGAGUUUGAUACCUUUGUGUACACUCAACAUCAGAAGUCUCUUACUCCUUUAGCUCAACUUGAAAUAUAUUGUGUUUCUAAUUUUGUUUUGGAUUAUAUGCACAUGGUUUGUCUUGGUGUAGUACCUUUUUAA